AUGGGGUUCGUGGAUCCGGCGGCGCCGCUGCUCGCCACGUGCGGCGGCGACACGGUGAAGCUCUUCGACGUCACGGUGGAGUCCGGCGACCCCUGCGUCCUCGCCUACUCCCCCGCUCCCGGCCACCCCGUCAACGCCGUCAAGUGGAACCACACCAAUCUAAUCGUAGCAAGUGCUGGGGAUGAUAAAAAGAUCUCAUUGUGGCAUAAAAAGGGUCAAAAUGUAGGACAGCUACCGACAUCAACUGUUGAUCGUGGGGAUGACAUUGAGGAAUCCAUAUAUUCCAUCAGUUUUAGCAACAAAGGUUCUCGAUAUCUUUGUUCUGGUGGGAGUGGCCAUAUUGUUAGGAUAUGGGAUUUGCAACGGAAGAGAUGUAUCAAAUGGCUAAGUGGUCACACUGACACCAUUACUGGUGUAAUGUAUAACUGCAAAGAUGAACAUUUGGCAUCAAUAAGCAUGAAGGGCGACCUGAUUCUUCACAAUCUUGCUUCUGGAGCACGUGCUGCUGAACUUAGUGAUCCAAAUGGACAGGUUUUGAGAGUGCUCGAUUAUUCACGUAAUAGUAGGCAUAUAUUGGCGACAGCAGGCGAUGAUGGUUCUGUGCAUCUUUGGGAUACAACCGCGAGGACUCCAAAGGUCUCAUGGCUGAAGCAACAUUCUGCACCCACAAGUGGUGUUUGUAUCUCACCCUCCAGUGACAAGAUAAUUGCUACAGUUGGCCUCGAUAAGAAGCUAUACACACUCGAUUCUGCAUCAAGAAGAGCAACACACACUAUUCCUCAUGAUGCCCCUUUCUCAUCAUUGGCAUAUAAUGAUGAUGGCACAAUAUUGGCAGCUGGCACAAAUAGUGGGCGUGUGGUAUUCUAUGAUGUUCGGGGCAAACCCCAGCCAUUGACAAUUCUUCGUGCAUACAAUAGCUCAGAGGCUGUGACAAGUUUAUGCUGGCAACGGGCAAAGCCUGUCAUUGUUAGCGAGAACAGUUCUUCAGAAGUUGCCCUUCUGGGGGGAACUAGUGAAGAUUCUAUUCUUAUGCCAGAUCCUUUGCCUUCAGCAACACCUUCAACUUUUCCAUCUGGAGCAGGCAUUACGAGUCUUCGCUCUUCUUUGACAGGGAACACAAGUGGAUUUCUUUCCACUUCAAAAUCUUCUACUGCAGAGGAAACUCCAUAUAGGGCCCGUCCAUUGUCUGGUGGACCAUUAUCAAAGCUACAGGCUCCUCGUGGCAACUUCAGUAUAAAGGAUGAUAUGGAUGUAUUUUCUCCACUUGUUGAUGUCCAGCCUUUCACACCAUCCAGCAACAGCUGGUGGGAUGAGCACGGGAGUGAUGAAGCAAAAAAAGAUGAUAAAUCUGGAGAUAAGAAAUUAUCAGCAACUAGGAAGUUCCAGUAUAUGGAAGGGAACAGUGAGCCACAUCCAAUCUCGGACUGGAGGUCUAAUUCCGUUUCAAGACAGGAUGGCGCCUCAUCUGCGAGUAGCUCACCCGUGCCAUCAUGGAAGAGUGAACCAUCUAUCUCCCCACCAGAAUCAUCAACUGGAAAUGCAUUGCCCGACAGGCUAACACAUCGUCAACAAAUCUCACGCUUUGGGCAAUCAGCCUUUCAGACUGGCAGUUUGGCGUUUGCAGGUUUACAGGAUUCAGCUUCAUCCACCAGUCUCUCAUUGAAAGGUUCUCUAACAAGUAACAUUUUAAUGAACUUACAAAACAAGGGCAUCUUGAGCAAUGCGCAGUCUUCCCUAGAGACAUCAUCUGGUAGCCUACAGGCUUCAGUUUCCUCAUCCUUUAUGUCCAAGACCGUGCCAUCGGUGAAUUCUGAUUUGCCAGGAGCAGCACUUCCCAAAUCCGCAUGGAAACCCUCAACUUUGACUGAUAGAUUGAGCACAUCCUCUGUUUUUAGUGAAGGGUUAGCUUCAGCAUUUGGUUCGCCAAAAUCAAAGAAGACUGGAGCAGAAACAAAAGAUGAACUGCUUACUAGUCUAUUAUCAAGACAGGAGGCACCAAUGACCUCUUCGUCUGGAAGCCUUCUAGCAAGCAACGGGGUGGUGCCACCUCAAUUGCCAACCUCAGGUUCGUCAGCUGAUCAACAGGGAGCUUCUUCAUUCUCCCUUCAGUAUGUUCAGCGCAUGCUCGAGGAAUCUCUCGGAUCGGUUCACAAGUCUAUACAUGAGGAUGUGAGAAAUCUCCACAUUGAACUUCUAAGACAGUUUCACAUGCAGGAGAUGGAAACAUCUGGCGUUAUGAACUUGGUCCUGGAGAAGCUGGAAGGCCUGACCAAGGAAGUGCAGCAACUGAGAAGGGAAAACCAGCAGCUCCGGCAUCAGCUUCUCUGA